AUGGAUUUCUUUGACACGCGGUAUUUCAAGAUUAACAAGUUCUUUCUAUCUUUCACCGGCCUGUGGCCGCAUCAAAAACCUUUUAUGAAACUUUUAACUCGAUCGUUCGCUAUAUUUGGCUUUACGACAAUGUUAGUGCCGCAGAUUGCAUAUAUACUCAGGCAAGCGGAUGAUCUGGAUAACACGUUCGAACUGAUGCCACUUCUAACUGGCACAGUGAUAUGUAUUACAAGAAUCAUCAGUAUAACACGCAAUUCCGGAAUGCUUAAGGUGCUUCUACAACAUAUGCAGGACGACUGGAACAAUCUACUGUCGGAUGAAGAAACGCAAAUUUUAAUGUUUUAUGCUGAAAAGAGUCGAAAGCUUACGUUGGCGUAUUCAAUUUGCAUAUGCGGAUUUAUAUUCUGCUUCGCUUCGCUACCUCUUGCUGGACCUAUAUUGGACAUAAUCUCACCCCUGAAUGAAACAAGACCGAGAAAAUUGCCACAGCUUGCGGAUUUUAUCGUUCUCGAUCAGGAAAAGCAUUAUUACACGCUUUUGCUGAUCUUAUAUCUCGAUUACAUUUUGUGUGUUUCGGUCGUGAUAGCUACCGAUACUUUGUACGUUUUCCUGGUGGAGCAUAUUUGUGGAAUGUAUGACAUACUGUGGUGA